AGGAGAAUCACCACAUCGCCGCCACCAAUCCACUCCAACAGUGUACAUCUAGGUCGUCUUCCAACCGAAGAACUUCGUUUUCGUUUCCUUUUUGUUAUGGAGAGGGAAGAAGAGCAAACGAGAAAGCGCCAUAAGUGUUCGAAUGGUGAACAGAACGCACUCUCAGUUGACAGGCUUAGCGAUUUGCCGGACCCACUCAUCUGUCACAUUCUCUCGUUUCUCCCGACCAAAUCCUCCGUAAGAACCAGCGUUCUAGGUCAAAGAUGGAGGCAUCUCUGGACCUACGUCCCCGAGCUAGAUUUCAGCCGUGCAAAUGAAGACUUCAUCGACAAGGUCAUGUCGCUACAUCGGAUUCCAGAUAUUAUCACUUUCCGCCUCAAAGAAUUGAUGGCAGAGUGCAACGGCAAUCAAAUCGAGAGAUGGAUUAGCUUUGCCAUCGAGCGCAAUGUGCAAAACCUCGAGCUUUAUUACCCCCCCAAAAACGUAUUGCCUCAAUGCCUCUUCACCUGCCAAACCCUAGUCGAUUUGAGGAUCUAUAUGUGCGGUACCAUAAUCGUGGGAGGCACCGUUUUUCUGCCUCGCCUGAAGAAGCUUAGUUUAAUCCAUGUUAGAUUCGAUGCCGACGAGUCACUGCCACACCUCCUUUCUGGCUGCCCAGUGCUCGAGGAUUUGGUCGUCGAAUCAUUGUGUUUGGUUUAUUUUAAUAUAUCUUCACCCACGUUAAAGAGUCUUUGCUUUAAGUCAGACGGUUACAGAUUCAACAACAUUGACGACAGGCUGGCGAUAAAUACCCCAGCACUUAGAUAUCUCAAGAUCGAUGAUUGCUUAUCAAACCAUAUCGAAACCGGGCCACUAACUUCCUUACUUGAAGCAGAUAUCAAACUUCACAACCAUAAGAAGAAACAAAACGAUUUGGUUUAUUCUCGUUCAGCUUUGGAGUUUAUUGAUAGUCUCCGACACACCAAGUGCCUAACAUUAAAUCUAGCAUUCAAUGCAAAAAUUGUGAACUCGGUAUUCUCUUCUUCAGCUAUAAGUUUCCAUAACUUAAACAAACUCGAAUUGUUUGCGGAUUUCUGCGUUCUAUCUAAAUUCCUCGAAAAUGCCGAUAAUCUCGAAAUCCUUAUUUAUUGGGAGAUUAGCAACGGGUCGACAAGACAGAGGAUGGAACCACCGGAACAAGUGCCGACAUGCGUAUCAUCACGUCUUAGAGCCGUAAAGCUUAUUCACAUUAGUGGUGAAGAGAAGGAGUUGGAGAUGAUCGGAUAUCUUAUGAGGAACGGUAAAGUGUUGGAGAGGAUGGAAAUAGCGUAUGCCCGAUUCCUUGAUUUCAGGAAAACGGAUCACAUGCACCGUGAAAUCUCGCAGUUUGAACGAGGAUCAAAGGCAUGUGAAGUUGCCUUUUCAACUUGGUAAGGCGCUGCGUAAUCGUAAGUCGAAAAGUCUAUUUAUAUUUUAUAUUGAUAUUGAACAAACAGUACUGUUGCCUUUUGCACUCUGGCCUUUUGUCAAGUGUUUUAACACUAUCAGAUCUUUAUGUUUGUGACCUUAAAUAUUACCAUCUUUGUUUUCAAUUUUUUCAAUGGUGAGAAGUUGUUUGUU